AUAACGCAAACACUUGAUCUGAGACAGAAGCUUUCUAUUUUCAGUUUGAGAAGAGAUUGUUUGAAAAGGGAUUGUUACUGCUUCUUUGAUAUUUUACAUACCGAAUCAUUUUCUUGGAUUUGCAUUGACUGUCCAGUGAUCCUAUCAGUCUGCGUACAUUCAAGCCAUGGCGACAGCCCCUGUUGAGUAUGUGAUUCUAGAUAUGAAUGCUAAUGGAGACACCACAGCAGGGAUGAGAGGGAAAAGAAAGCGUCACAUUGCAGAUGUGUUACAGUUAGAAAGCCCUCUGGUGGUUUGCCUACAAGAAUUUGUCUGGACGGGUAUUCAUUCGAGCGCAUUUAAAGACAUUGAUGUUCCCGACCAUUUUCAGUAUGAAGGCCACAAUGAAGCAGGUUUCAUAUUUGAUACAAGGGAAAUCACAUACUCAAAGAUUGACAACAAAACAUCAGUGCGAAACAUGUAUGACAACAUGGUGAGGAGAAGUGACAUGGGCUCAGACUACUUUGAGCUGCCAAGACUUUGCGUCCGUCAAAUAAAGAGCAAAGGGGCUCCUAAUUUUGUGAUCCUCUGUGCCAGUUGGCAUGGUCCUCAUAAGGUGUCUAUGGAGAAAAAGAAAAAGGCCCUUGACACGUUGGUCAAGUUUCUUCUGAAAUUGAAAGUGGAAGAGGGGGAUGUUCCGCUCUUGCUUGGGGGUGACUUCAACAUGGGAGUAUCUGAUGUAGAGAGAUGACUCCCUGGUGCUACUUACGCCAGAUGACUUGUCUAAAGAUAUAUUCAUCAUGAACUUCGAUGUAGCGCAAAUAUUUAGCAUUCCAAAAGUUCAAUUCAGCAUUUGAUCAUUCGCACUUGAAAAUAUAUUUAAAAACUGUUAAUGACACUAACCCUCAACCUCUGCCUCCAUUUCCACCGUUUGUUCAGAUCCAAUUCCUCCCCACUCAACCAUCAUAUCCUCUGCCUCCAUUUCCGUUUGUUCAGACCUACUUCUUCAACACUCAACCAUCAUAUGCUUUGCGUCCAGUUCAACCGUUGUUCAACUCUUAAUCACAAUGUCAUCUGCCUCCACUCAUUCGUUUUUGAAAAUGACUCAUAUAUGUUCUGAACAAACAUUGUCACCAAGGAAGAAGAAAA